GGAAGGCUGGUUCCCUGUGAUGGGUCCUCUUCCUUCUCCAGCAGGUUCCUGUCCUGGUUCUUUCAGAUGAGUUUUGUCAAGUACCCGGAAAGAGAGGAGGUCCUUGGGGACAAGCUGAAGAUCCUGCAGAAAGCAUCCAGCUGGGUUGGAUUUGUGGUCCCUGUGGAUGCCAUUAUCAGCAAAGUCUCCCCCACACAGUCUCCCACCAGGCCCAGGCUACUUGCCAGGAAGCGUCGGGGGAGGCUAACGCGCCUCCUCCUCUCUGUUGUCCCCAUGAGGAUCCAGAACCUCCUGGGCUACCUGCCAGCGGACUGGGGCCGGAGCAACAUGCCCAAGGAGAUCCGAGAGGCUCUGAUCAGCCCACAUCACAAAGCAAACAAGAGGAAGUGGGAUGAGUUAUCCCUGGAGGAGCAGGAGUCCUGGCUGGUGGUGCUGGAGAGGGACCUGCCAGAGGAUGACUCUGAAGAUGUCACCUAUGAGCCCUCAGACACUGAAACAGACAGCGAGGAGUACAAGUCCCACAAUGACACCGAUGCAGACCUGGAGCCUGAAGAGCAGGAUGGAACCAUUAUGCUGAAGGAGUGCUCGGAUCUCCAGUGUGAGGAGGUGAAGCGCAGGGAUGUGCCCCAGGCCACGCAGGGUGGCUGCAGCCUGGCUCAGUUUGGAGUUGGACCGUGCGAGGAGCAGCCUGACAGA